AUUCAAAAAUAAAGUAGGUAGUACUAAUACUUUUCACUGAAGUAUGUGCAAAGUUGGAACCAUAUUCUCUAGCAUUGCAACGAAGACUUUGAGCAAAAUAUAUUGAUAAAGACAUUUUCCUACACCUAUAAAUAAGUGGCCUCUUGUUUGAAAUCUUAAACACACAACUCAACUUGUCCUUUCUUUGCUACAAAUUAAUCUCUUCCUUAGUAUUAAUUGGAUCAAAGAUAUCAGCAUGGGUGUUGUGAAUUUCGAAUACGAAGUGGUGUCGACAGUCCCACCACACAGGUUGUUCAAGGCAUUCCUCCUCGACUCCGACAACCUCAUCCCCAAGGUCAUCCCCGGCGCCUUCAAAAGCUUCGAAACCCUACAGGGCGACGGCGGUGCUGGCACCAUCAAGUUGAUCACUUUUGGCGAAAGCAGUCCGUUCAAGUUUGCGAAGCACCGUGUGGAUGAAGUGGAUGAGGCCAAGUGCGUGUACAAGUACAGCGUGAUCGAAGGCGAUGCUUUGGGUGAGGAGCUCGAGUCUAUCUCGUACGUCGUGAAGGUCACCGCCGGCCCCGACGGCGGCUCCGUCUUGAAAACGAGCAGCUCGUACCACACCAAGACGGACAACCACAGCAUCACGGAGGAGAAGAUCAAGGAGGGCAAAGACAAGGCAAAGGCUGUUUUUCAUGCUGUCGAAGCUCACCUCCAUGCCAACCCCCAUGAAUACAACUAAAUAUAAUACCCCCAUUGGAAAUUUGAUGGAAAAUAAAUGUAUUUGAAGUUGUAUUUGUUUCAAUAUGCAUGUAAAAGGUAUGUGAGUUUAUUUUUAUUUGUAUGUUUUUGUUGCUUGGGGCAUUUUUGUCCUUUUGCAAUUGGAAUGUAUUCGGUUUGGUAAUAAGUUAGUAUAUACUAUGGUUACAAUGUUUUAGUCAA